AUGGCGUCCAUAAGUUCGAACACAGAGGUGGAAUCUCAGAAUGAGACACACGCGACCGAGCACGUGGACAAUGGAGCGAGAUCUCUCUCUAUAAGAUCGAUCUAUCGAUCUAUCCCGUUCCAGAUCGCUAUUGCUAGCGGUGUCUCUUUCACUGCGCCAGGCAUGUGGGAUGCCAUGAACAAUCUUGGAGCUGGUGGUGCAGCAGAACCCUAUGCAGUUUCUGCAGCAAAUGCCCUGGUUUACGGACUUUUCGCUAUUGUCUGUGUUAUGGCGGGAGCUAUCAACAACCGUAUUGGACUUCGUUAUGGAUUGGUUAUUGGAGCAAUCGGAUACCCGAUUUACGGUGCUGGUCUUUACACAAACAACUACUCACCGACCACAUGGUUCAUGCUUUUCGGUAGUGCAUUGUGCGGUAUCUCUGCUGGUUUCUUCUGGGCUGCUGAGGCUGCGAUUAUCAUCGGAUACCCAAGCCCUAAGGAUCGCGCUUUCUACCUUGCUAUCUGGCAGACUGCAAAGGCUUCUGGUCCUAUCAUUGGUGGUGCAAUUAGUCUGGGCCUCAACGCCCAAAAGUCCUCGGCCGGAACCAUCAGUGCAGGAACAUACAUUGUCUUUAUUGUCAUUAUGUGUCUUGGACUUCCCAUUGCGCUUUGUCUGAGUCCAGCAGAGAAGGUGCUACGCAAGGACAGAACAUUGGUGCUCGUACACAAGCAGGCUACUUGGACAGCGGAGUUCAAGGCAGCCUUCAAGCUGAUCGCCACUCGUCGAGUCCUUCUGUUGCUUCCCGCAUUCUUCAUCAGUUACUUCUACAACGGUUUCCAGAGCACUUUCUUGACCGACUACUUCACCGUUCGGUCGCGUGCUUUCUCCUCAUUCUUCACCAACUUCGCCGGCAUUGCCUCCUCUUUUUUAAUCGCCACCCUUCUCGACCGACAAUCGAUCCACAUCAAGACUCGAGCCAAGAUCGCAUUCUCCGCCAUUGUGAUUAUACUCUCGGGUACUUGGAUCUGGGCUUGCAUUCUGCAGAAUCAAUUCUACAACGCGCCGACCGCACCUGUCUUUGACUGGUUCACAGGUGGAUUCGGCAAGUCCUAUGCUCUAGUCUUCUUCUGGAAUUUCGGAGGCCAGGCUUUCCAGCAAUAUCUUUACUGGCUCAUUGGUCAGUACAGUACCGAUAUCUCGUCACUCUCAUACCACUGCGGUAUUCUGAGAGGAUUCGAGGCCCUCGGCCAAACCGUUGCUUGGGCCAUGCAAUCUGAGGGUAAUGCCAACCACUUUGUUAGCAUUGGUCUCAACUUUGGUAUUACAAUCUUGUGUGUUGUUCCCACCUGGAUUGUUCUCUCCGAACUCGAACACAGCCACGAAGUGCAAGUCACCGUGGACGACGUGCCUGCGAAGGUACAUGAUGACGAUACCCAAGCUUAA